GGACCACGAAAAUUUUGAGAAUAUAAUUUUUUUUCCUUCAACAUGUUCACUGCAUAUGAGUUGUCUUUUUUUAGCUAUUUUAUGGAAUAAUAUCUGGAUAGACAUUGAAAUUCGGACCAAAGAGAAUUAAUUAUUUGAGAAGAGACGCUAAGCAGUUUGACGGGAAGGAGAGGAGAAGUUAAGAAUUAAGACAAACAAGACGGAAUGUUUGAUGCUGUGAAGCCCCAAACAAGACUAGUGAAAGAUGUUUGCUAUGUGGACGCGAUCAUAUCGUGGAGAGUUACUGUUAGGGGGAAUUGAAUUUUAUUUCUCUGACCUCCAAAUGAUUAACAUGGUUAAUAGUUGCAUAAUUAUUUGAUAAGGGCAUAACGAAUACGAUGUCGGGUUUGGUUUUUGUUACUUUCAUCUUGGUCGCGACUCUAUGCUUCGAUAAUUUGUCUGCUUUUUGUUCCGUUCAACUGUUAUGAAAUGGAAAAUAUGAAGAAGUACUUCAACGCGCUCAUCAUCAUCUCGCUCGUGUCACUUAUCGAGAUACUUCUGCUCCAUUAUCCCCGAGAUCAUGCAAAUUGGACAAGAACGCUCAAGGAAUGUCCUAACCAACUUCCGAACAUGAGUCUGAUGGAACUCUCCAAACUCUCGCAAGCAUUGAGCCAGUUGAAGCCACCAGAAGUUGUUCCUACGCAACCUCCGGGAAGGAAGCAAUCAAUGGACAACCAGGUGAAAUCAUUAACAAAACCGAAGCCUCCUCUUGUCAAAGAGAUACUUGCAUCGAAACUUAAGAGAAGCAUAGCCAAAAUUGAAUAUGACGUUCUGAACAUGGAUGUCGGUGUAACGUUGGACGCCAUUACUGCAGUUCCCCUUGAAGAGAAUCGCCUCAUCCACAAGAUUCAACGAGCUCGAGUGCAUCCCAAUGAUAGAUGUGUCAUCAGGAUAGCCAAGUACUGCGCAAACCGUUGUGAUCACUUGCUGCAAAGGAAUCACUCAAGGGAAUGGGCACCAUUUCAAUGUGAUUUUUCCAGAUCUUGUCGUCUGGAAACACGUUUCGUCAGUUACCUCUCGACCGAAAUUAUGAAAUCUGUUGAUGUGCUUCUUUUAAUCGACUCGCUCCACGAAGGACUGCAAUUGAAGAGGCUGAUAGGCAUACGUCCUCCUGGACAACUCUGGGUUCUGUAUGGCAGAGAGAGCCCCAUCCAUGACGCCGAUUAUGCCCCUGAAGGUCUAACUGGAAACCCUUAUAAUCUUACAAUGACCUACUCUGUGGACGCUGAUAUAUAUUUUCCAUAUUGCUUUAUCAAGGAAAGACAUUCUCGCUCGGAUCUGAUGCCAAGUAUACCAAAGAAAACUAAAUUGAUAGCAUGGAUGGCUUCUAAUUGUCGUCUCUUAUCUUGGAGGAGAACCGAGCUUGUCAGGGAACUUCGGAAACACAUAUCAGUUGAUACGUAUGGCAAGUGUGGCACCAAGGGGAGUCUUUCUUUACAUGAGGCUGGACAGAUUCUUCCAAAGUACAAGUUUUAUCUGGCUUUUGAGAGCAGUGACUGUCGAGAUUACAUCACCGAAAAAAUAUGGAGGACGUGUCUUCUCCAAGGUAUUGUGCCCAUCGUCUUUGGGGCAAAACGGGAAGAUUACGAGCGAGUGAUGCCGAGGAAAUCCUUCAUUCAUCUCGAAGACUUCAGCAACAUGAGUGCGUUCGUUGAUUAUAUUCACCAUUUAGACUCGGAUGAGGAGGCGUACAUGAAAUAUUUCGACUGGCGAAAAGAAAUUGAAAUAACCUGCCUAUCGGCCAGGACCUUUUUGAUGACUGCCCCUGAGGCCAAUUUGUGUUAUCUGUUCAAAAAACUUAUCCAUCUAAACCUCAGUCCGGAAUCAUCAUGGAAGCAUCGUACCCCAGACUUUUCUUCAUGGUGGAAGGGGCAAUGCCGUGAGGAAUACUCUCCGAAAAAUGUAUUAGGAUUUUCUAUAAACCUCUCUAAGACUGAGCAAAGGAUAAAACGUGUUCGAUAGUUUAAACUACUUAAUUGUUAGUCAUUUAUUUAUUUAUUUAUUCAUAUAUUCAUAUUCCACAAAUUCUAAAGUACGUUUCAUAAUAAAUCAUUUACAGUAGAAUAUACAUCAUCUGCAUAUGUAGUUUUUUUUAAACGUACCAAUAAAAUUAAACAAAAGUGGAGGGGCCUAUUAAAAUGCGAAGCUUGUAAGAUGUAGACCCCUAUUGAGAUCAUAUUCAAGGGUAAUUAUUAUAUGAGUAUAGUAAAAUAAUCAGCAAAAUUCUAUAAACUAAUAUAGAUACAAACACUACAAUACAAAGGUACAAAAUUACAUAUCAACUUUAGAAUAAUCAACACUACCGUGGAUAUGAUUAAAUCAGUAUGAAUUCUGAAGAAACUUUUUGAUGAGAAAUUUAAAUCGAUUCAGAGUAGAUGCCUCUUUUAUUACUCUGUCUAGAAAAUUCCAGAUUUUAAGGACAUUAAUGAUACGUUUCUGACGCAAUAAUUCAUCCGUAUGAACUCUUGAUGGCAUAUUACAUAUUAUCCUCUUUUUCUGAAGUAUAAAUACUUUGUUGAGCCCCAUUUGAGAGGCAUUUUUCCAUGCUAGAAUCCCAUAAUUAAGAUACGGUAGAAUAUAUGCACAAUACAACAUGGAUAGCGCCUGUGCUGGAAGAAAAAUUUUAAAUUUGUUGGUGACUCAAAUAUUUCUUGCAACAGUUAUGCAAAUAUUGUUGAUAUGAGCAUUCCACGUAAAUGUGUUAUCAAUAGUAAGACCUAAUAAUUUUGUUGCUUGUAAUUCAUUAAUUUCAGUAUCAUCUAAACGUAUUUGAUGUGGCAGAUGUUUCAAUGAAUAACUAAAAAGCAUGUAACUUGUUUUUUGCAGAUUUAAUGACAGUUUGUUGGCUUUAAACCAAUUUGUUACUUUUUUAAUUCAGCAUUCAUAGUGCUCACAAGUAAAUGUGGAUCAUGAUGUGUGUAAACAAUAUUGGAAUCAUCAGCAAAGAGAAUGAGAGAAUAUGAGAUGAAUUUUUCAUAUCAUUAACAUAAAGAACAAAUAGCAGAGGGCCAAGAAUACUACCACAGAAUUCCAGGCAACUGGCUUUGUUGGAGAUUCUGAUUCAUUUACGGUAACAAACUGAUUUCUAUGAGUAAGAUAACUCCUGAACCAUUGUAACGCUGUCCCUCUGAUACCGUAAUUUGAUAGCUUACAUAAAAGUAUUUCGUGAUCUAUUGUAUCAAAUGUUUGAUCAUGUUGAUGAACAUGUACUGUUGCUAAAAUGAUCAUGGAAAUUGUAGAACAUAAUGAAGUUGGUGAAUUACAGGGGGCGUUGGAAGGAAAGUGCAAUAAAUCGCAUGUAUAUCUUUUAUGUACCUUUAAGGUAAGGAAAAUGUGAUACAUCAACAUGCUUUACCUACCCAUGGACUAUGAAUACAUUAGGCCUACAUAAUGAAAAUAUAAAGAGAUAAGCAAAACAGGAUUCAUUAUUAGUAUUUUUAAUUCAGCUAGGACUUCUGGGUUUAAAAGUUAUAACUUUACCCGGUUUUUAUUCCUUAUGUCUCGAAAGAGGCGUAAAUAUUUGUUUACAAAUUGCCUGGCCACAAAAUUGCAAUGAUGGUACAAAAUGGCAUCCAUUUUGAAAAGCGAUAAAAGGUUUUCAUGUGAUGUCGUCACUUCGUUAAUGUAUACAUGUAGGAUGACCCAUUCCAGAUGCAAUAACUACAAUAAGCAUUUCUGAAACCUGACAUGCUGAAGAUCUUGCACUGGUUGAAUACAACCAUCAAUUUCAUUUAUUAUUUCUGAGCACUAUACAGUGGUUACUUACAAAACAGAAGGAGUCCAUAUUGAGUAUUCAACUUGCUGUAAGACUACUAUGCAGUUGAUCUUACGAACAUGCAUACAUGGGAUUUCUCCUCUCCGCUCACUAUUUCGUUUGAAAGAAAAAUAUUCUUAAAAAUUGUUACGACCAAUUACUGUUUUUU